CAAAGACUCACGGUAGUGACCUAUAAAGCAGAAGACAGGUCCUGAUACAUCAAUCGAGCGGGGUUUAUCUUCUCUUUAAACCAUGUUUUCCUCGCCUUAAAGCCCUCAUUGCUGCAACUUCAAGUAGCCGACAUGAUGGCCUCUACUAGUAAAAUGAAAAAGAAGAAGAAGUUUCGCGCCGUGAGCCAAAAAGUGAAAGUGUUUCGAUCGAACGAUCCGCUUUUGAGUGUGUUUAUGUGGGGGGUUAGUCAUACGAUAAACGAGCUAGCCCAUGUGAAUGUACCGGUAAUGCUAAUGCCAGAUGACUUUAAGGCCUACUCGAAAGUGCGUGUGGACAACCAUUUAUUCAACAAGGAAAAUCUUCCAAGUCAUUUCAAGUUCAAGGAAUACUGUCCAAUGGUCUUUAGAAACCUCAGGGAACGUUUUGGUAUUGAGGACAAGGAUCUAGCCGAAGCUUUUCAAGUUCCACCGAUUUCUAGUGACUCCCCAGGGCGAAGUGGAGCCAAGUUCUUUCUCUCUCAAAACAAAAGGUUUUAUGUCAAAGUAAUUGAAAGUGAGGAGGUGGAGAGACUACACAAUAUCCUUCAGCCCUACCACCAUCAUAUAGUUGAGCAACAUGCCAAUACACUACUACCACAGUACCUAGCCAUGUACAGAGUAACAGUAGAUGGUAAAGAGUCCUAUAUGCUGGUGAUGACAAGUGUGUUCAGCACUCGACUAAAAAUUCACAAGAAGUAUGACCUUAAAGGCUCAACUGUGGACAGACAAGCAAGCCUAAAGGAGAAGACUAGAGACAACCCAACAUUUAAAGAUAAUGAUUUUACUAAGGAUAAUGUUAAGCUAGUCAUUGGUGAUGAAGCCAAAGCAGUAUUAGUGGAGAGGAUAAAGGCUGACGUUGAGUUUCUCAUCAGUCUGAAUAUAAUGGACUACAGCCUUUUAGUAGGCAUCCAUGACUGUGACCUAGCGGACUCGGGUGAUGAUGAAGAUGAUGAGGGGGUGGGGGAUGAAGAAGCCCGAACAGAUAGCAAUGAGGAGAGUGAGUCCGACUCCCCCCAGGAGCUGAAUAUGUCCACAACCCCUCCUGAAACACCCCCGACAACUCCUCCAGCCAAUGACAGAGAGCAUACCACCAGCUUUUGCAGUAAUGAAUUUGACGAGAGGAAUGAUGGUGAAGAGGUUGUUUUCUCCUUGGUCAGUGCUGAAGGUGGCAAGAGAGAGAUAUACUUCAUGGGGAUCAUAGAUGUCUUGACUUACUACGGCGCAGGGAAGAAGGCAGCACAUGCAGCAAAAACAGUCAAGCAUGGGAUUUCAGGCUUACAGUGGAGAGUUGUCCCAUGGAGAACAGUCAUGCUAUCACAAAACAUUGAUGAGGAUAUGCUCAACAACAACCAUAGGGCUGGCGCAGAGAUAUCUACUGUUAAACCUGAGAAUUAUGGACGGAGAUUUCUGGAGUUCAUUGAUAAGAUUAUAGAGUAAACAGUUUAACCUUCAAGUCUAAAUUAUUAUACUAUCCAAAUGAUUUUAUCAUUUAUUUGUAUUGUACAGAUUUGAUCAAGUGACAGUUCGCUUAUUCAAUUUACACCUUUGUUCAAUAUUAGGUUUCAAUGCAGUUGAUAGGCAGCAGAAAACAAGUUUAAACUUGUUAUUGUUAUGCACUUGUUAUCGUUAACAAUACUUGAGCCUGCGAACCGUAUAUCUGACCUUGUCCCAGGCGUUCCUACCCGACAUUGUAAUUGGGUUUCCUGUGGCUGUGAGAGCCGUGACGUCACAAGAAAGCCUUUCCCUGUUCUCUGGGCUUGCUCCCUCCAGACCUCCUCGUCUCACAACGAACCACAGGUAUACCGAACAGAACGCCCGUACUUGGCUGUUAGGUAUCGCGACUCAUAGCGCGCAAUUCUUUUUGUAUAUUGUAUGUUGAUACUGUAAUCUUGCGCAUCAAAAGAAGUAAAAAAUAUAUUCGAAAUAAUUUGCGAUAGCUAGAUUUAGAGGAGUUUAGCCGAUAUGAGAUUUUUCUUUGAAACAUGAUGAACUACAUAACGAUUAUCCACCGGAUAAAUACUUAUCCAGACUUUGCGCAACCUGUCGCGGGAGGUUACUAGGAAAAUUCAAGUCAAUAUAGAAGACAAGAGUAACUGAAUGACUCCCGAGGCGUAAGGCAUGGCAUAUCGAACCUUCCUUGCUACAUACAAAUGUGUGGUAAUACCCAUGUUACUGAACCGUAGCAGCUCUUCGCAGGCCCGCAACACGAUAAGUGUGCUCUACAAUAAUUUAGUUACAGUGCUCUAGUCUGAAAAAUAGAUGGGCUGAAACUUGUGUACAUCUUUAAAGCAGCAAUACCUUGUGGUUAAUUGGUGAACAAGGGAAUAUUCAAGUAUCCAAGAAGUACAAGUUAGGAGACUUUUUGUGGGAAAUCCUUUCUCAAGGGCAUGUCAAGUCACUUGACACGCAACCUUAGUUUUCCCAAGAUGGUGUUUAGGGCUUGGAGCUUUUCGUUGGUUUUUAAAAUGCCAAAUGUUUCAACUCUUGAAACCUCAUUUUUCGUCAUGACACAUGUUACGCAAUAAAUGUUUCUAUUAUUCAUAUUGAAGGUUACCGUGUCUAGAGUUUUGGAGAAUCACUGACAGGUUGCAGUUAUAUAGAUUUUGGUCUUUUAUACUUAGCAUCAAAAGAGAUAGAUAAAAUUACUUAUAACAACUGCGUGGACCAUUUUGCAGCAAAUAAAUAUAGAAAAAACACACCGCGAAAA